UUCAACUUCACAACAAGAGUUUUACUGACACGAGAUUUUACAGCGUCUGGUUGGAGACUCUCAGGUCCUGGUGAGGAACAAAAAAACCUGAAUGGUUGCAGUAUUUGUUUUUUAAUUUUUCAGUUUUGUGUGGGCUGGAAAUGACACAGGAGUUUUCUAAGUAUGAGGCUGAAAAUUGGGGUUUGUGUGAUCGGAGCUUCUCUGUGUGGGCGGGACCACACCAAAAAAUAGAGACUCCUGUUUAAAAGGAUGUCAGUCGGUGAAGUGGAAAGAAAAAGGAAAGAACUCAUGAAGAUCAACGAACUGCUGCAUGAAUGAAGUUCUCAAUGGACUGGACCCUUGUCGUCGUUUUGCAAGUCUUAUUUCAGCCAUCUCUGUCAGUCUUAUUCACUGUGCAGGCAGAACAAACCAUUUACAAGUCGGAAUAUGGAGGAAAUGUGGUGAUGGGCUGCAGGUUUUCCCCUGAACCAGCAAAUCCUCAGUCGGACCUGAAGGUGACGUGGCACCGGAUCACCUCCUCCUCGUCCCCGGAGGUGAUCAGGUUCGAUAAUGGGAAGAUCUCUGCAUCCCAGAGUCACCAGGGCCGAGUGAGGCUUCUCAUAGAGGAGCUAAAGAACGGAUGGGCCAAGCUGGAGAUGUCCAGACUGAGGAUAAAUGACUCGGGAGUCUACCAGUGUCUGGUUCAAACAAGUGAUGGAGAUGACUAUAAAAGUAUCAGCUUGUCUGUUGUAGCACCUUAUAAGUCGGUCACCAAACACAUUGAGGAGGCUGCAGAGGGGGAUGAGGUGAUAUUAACCUGCCAGUCGGAGGGAUAUCCUCAGUCGUCUGUGGUGUGGAAGGACGGACACCAGCGAACACGCAAUCCCAGCAACACCUCAGUAUCUGAAACACCAGACAGGCUGUUGAAAAUCAUCAGUCAGAUACAAGUCAGCUCCUCAGAAAGAAACAACUACACAUGUAACUUCACGAAGGAUGGCUCCUCUGCAACAUUUUAUAUUCCAGAUGAAAUUCCUCAAUCAAAAAAUGACGCUGCCAUCGUGAUAGUGAGCAUGUUAGUGAUUAUGGGGGCCGUUACCGUCGGAGUGCUCGCUUACAGACGACGCAAAGGUAAAAAAGGGUCCAGAGCUCACAGCGCUCGCAGCACCAGGAACCUUCUGGUCCACGCUGAGGACAAGUCUGCUGCUACCUGCAUCCAAAUAGAUAAAGAAAAUGAAGACGUGAUAAUUAAUGUUGGUCACAUGGAGGAAACUCUGGGGUCACAACUGAAAGCUUUUUACUCUGAAUAUUCCACCGAGACGAGACGCCGCUGUGGUGCUUUUAGUGUGGAGGAGCUGCUUCAAAGGCUGCAGAACAACGACGGCCAACCGGUGAAUCCUCUGGCUUUACUCCCAGAACCCGGUGAGACGGUUUUUCUUGAGGGACUCCCAGGAAGCGGGAAGACGACUGUAGCCCACAUCCUGGUCUCAUCUUGGGCCGAGGAGCCUCCACACUCCCUCGAACUCAGCAUCCUCAGUCUUCUCUUAUGUGUCGACUGCAGCGCCGUGAAGGAGGACUUGUAUCAGGAGAUAAAAACUCAGCUUUCUCUCCCUGAGAAGACAUCAGCAGAGGAGCUGAGGACUGUGUUAACCAGGUCCAGCAAGGCUCUGCUGCUGCUGGACGGGUACAGAGAAGGAAACCAUGUUUUUGAUGAAUCCUUGAGGAUGUUUCUGAGUGAGAAAAGAGGCUGCAGGGUGCUGAUUAUGGCCUGUCCUGGACACUGCCCCACAUUAAUGCAAACAGCAGGAGGGAUGCUGAAGUUCAAUCUGCAAGGCAAAAGCUUGUGACGAACAGAAACGUUAAGCACUUGUUACAUUUUUAAGAAACGCAGGUAUUAUAUUUGUUUUAUGUUUUACACGUGUGAUCAGAUUUUUUACGAGCCCAAAUAUGCUGCAACAUGUUUUAAAGUUUAAAUGAUACACUGAAUGUAAAUGAAAUGAUGUAAAUAUUGAUUUUAUAUUCUUUCCUAUCAGUCUUGAUUGUUGUUGAGAUGGUGACCAUUAAAAUAUUAAACGUGACAGCUCA